GGAGUUUUACAAAAUCUAGUUCGUACAUCUGGAACUGUUGCUAAACCUGCAAGACCAGCUCAUCCAAGUAAUCAACCUAUUCCUGUAGUUAAUCAAUCCACUGUUGACCAGUUGGUUAAUUCGUCUAUUCAUUCAAUGAGUCAUACAGAAACUAUGAUUAGUGAUAAUAGUGUUACUACUGUUACUACUGCUUCUGCUAUUACUACUACUACUAAUACUACUACUUCUACCACUGCUGUGACUAGUACUGUUAAACCCGAUGAAAAUAUACAUUCCACAGAUUGUGAUAAACUUGAACCGGUUCAUAAUAUUGAUAAUUCUUUAAUUCCUAGUAAUAAUACUAUUCCAAAUGUCUACAAUGUAACGAAUGAUUUAUUAACUGAUAUUGCUCGUGUUGCAUACAGUCGUACUUAUUGUACACCAUGUAAGAAGGAUAUUGUUAACAAUGAUGAUAAAUCAUUACAACAACAAAUGAACAAUUCAACCAAUGGUCAUUAUUAUCUCAAUAAGAAAUAUGCGAAAUUCGAUGAUGAACAACAGCAGCAUACGGCUGACAGUAUCCCUGUUAGUUUGUCUACUACAACUUCCGAUACCAUUAGUAAUGCUGCCAUUGACUAUGAUGAUACCCAACCAUUUAGACGUGGCUCGUUAUAUGUUACAUUUAAUAAGCGCCCAACUCCUUGUCUUUCAAGUAAAUUACCAUCGAUUGGUAGUCUGUCACAACCAAAUAAUCCAUUAAAGCGUCUUGGUACAAAAUCACCACGGGUGAAUUCUGUCACUAAUAUUAAUCUUCAACAAGUUACACUACCUUCAUUACGAUCAGAAUUUGAAAAGCGUAAACGUUCAAUGUCCUCUGUGACGUCGUCAGAUGUAGCUCAAAUUUCGAAAAUCCACAACGAUUUACCGUUAGGAACAAAAACUUGGAAAGAUUCUGGAAAUGCACGUUCUCAUGCACAAAAAGUUAAUGAUGUUAGCAACACUACAGACAAUGUCAUUUCAUCUAGUAGUACUAAAUCUGAUCAAGAAACUACAAGUUUUGGACGUGCAGCAGCUUUACGAUUAUCCUUAGAUCAACGAAGACGAGCAAUUGAAGUUUCGAGACAACGUGAACGUUUAGCUAGUACUAAAGCAGCUGCUGAAAGAAACAAUGCAGCAUUUGUUAAACUUCUGCAAAAACAG